AGAAACACACUCUGGAAGAGAAAAUAUUCAACUCCUGCGUUCAGAAAUAUCCACUGGUCGAACCAGAGGUGCGAUAUAACAUUACAAAGGUACUAAUCACACCUAGAUAGGUAAUUUUUCACCUCCAGAGUGUAUUUCUGAACACGCCCUAUAUAUUGAAGUUAUGUAGAUAAUUCCGAAAAAUUUUUGUUUUAUAUGAAUUUACAUCUAAUGUAAAUUUAAAAAAAAGAAAAACAAAAUACAAAAUAUUGCAUAAUGAUAUAAUUAAACAAUUUAUUUUUAAUUAUUUAUUUAUCUACUUUUUUAUAUUCAAGAAACAUUUGUUUUCUGUAAUAAAAAUAUUUUGUCGAUGCCAUUAAUUGAUUUUAUUGAAUAAUUUAACUAAAUUUAAUACCAUGGCAUACCCAAUCAAUCAACAAGAAACUUGUAACAAAUUCGAAAGUAUCCAUCAUUCAUGUGAUUGUUGUAAAAAAAAAAGAGAAAAAAUAAUGCUUGAACAAAUAAAACCAUCAUCAUCACUGUUAGUAGAUAAUAAUUUUCAUUUAGAUAAUAAAAUAAAAAAUGCAUUCAAUGUAAUGAAAGAACGUUUUGAAGAUUUAACUGAACGUCGACAAUUUUUGAUCGAAAAAGUCGGUAAUAUUGAAAAAAUAAUGCCAUUAUUGAUGGCUUACAAUAUUUCGUCGGAUUCCUCAUCAUCAUCAUCGACAAAUAAAAUUGAGAAUAUUGUUGAUAUAAUAUCUCCUUAUCCAACUCAAGAUGAUGAUAAUAAUUUAAAUGAAGAAACUAAAAAUUCGAUAAAUAGUUUAAAUGAGCAAGUUGAUAAAUUAUAUGACGAAAUUAUAAAAACAGAUAUAGAAUUACAAGAAUCGAUAAUGAGACUUGAGUCUCUGCAAGCUGUUAAUUUUGAGCUUGAAAAUAAAUUAUCGAGCAUGAGAAAUAAUAAUCAAAGUUCUGAAUUAAUGACUUUACACAAUUUAUAUUUAAUCAUAACUCAAAAUAACAGUGAUAAUGAUGAUUAUAUUAUUAAUUGUUUACCAAAAUUACGGCAAUUUAUACAGCAAGAAAUUCGUUUGAAAAAAUGCAUUAAUGUUUUAGAAAAUCGAGAACAAUGUUUGAGUACACAGUUAGAUAAAUUACUGUUGAAAGAUAAGAAUCAUGAGUUUAAAACGAUGGCUAAACCUACAAAUAAAUUUCAAAAACAAUGCAUUGGAAAAAAUUACCGUCAAUGGGAAAACAAUAAAUUUUUUCGUUCUUGCGAGUGUCCAAAGAAAAAAAUCGCUGGUAAUAAUGAUGAUGAUAACAUAGAUAUAGAUUUGAGUAAAUAUUGUGAUUGUUGUCCCUUGAAUAAGAAAUGAUAAUUAGGAUGAUAGGGAAAAAAAACAUAUAGCAAUGAAAUAAAUUAAAUAAUGAUAAUAAUUAAUUCACAAAAUAUAUA